AUGGCCACGCGACCUCUCCACCAGCCGCGGUUCCUCGCGACAUGCACUCAUAUGACAAUGGUCCGUGUCUACAGCUACAUCCUUCGUUGCGACAGCUGUGGAAAUUGCGGCCCUUUCGGCUGGUUGUACUGUUGCUCCCAGGACAGCGAGGAGAUACUGCGCGACUCCAUCGCUUCCGGGAACGAAGUCGCUUUUGAUGACUUGGGAAAGCAGCUUGUCGCAGCCGUUCAAUCAAGAGAGCGCGGACCAGAGAAGCGAGCUGAGAACGCAGCCAGCUUUCUCGAAGAGAUGCCCACGACAUACAUUUCGAAGACAUACACCAGCGCCCAGCUCUUGAUCAUCUUCAAUCAGCGCAAGCAUCUUGGCGACGUGCUCCGCCGCGAGUCUGUCCGAAAGAAUGCAAACACGGUGAAGGAGUCCAGCACUUCUGACUUGGGAGAAUAUUUGGACCAGACCUCCAAACCCUGGGUACCGAGUCGCAAGGAGGAGUGCCAGUACAAGAUCUGCCCAUACUGUCGUCCAGCCGGGGCCGACAGAUCGUACAUCAGCAUGGAUGGCGUCGCUGAGGGCGACAUCCCGGCCACGGCAGCUGCUGGAUACGGCUUCCAUCUUUUCGGUCAGAGGCCGAUCUGUUGCCCCAAGCUGGUUUCCAACCUUGGAAAGCGCUUGCUGUCAACGUCUGCGGCCGCCUCUUCCACCACCAGCACCACCUCAACAACCUCCUCCUCCUCCGAAGAUUACGACGGCAGUCAGGACAACACCGAAACACGCCUGGCAGCCCAGAUGGCCCUGCAGUUAGGUCUGUCGCUGGAUCAAGAUCCCACACUGAUCUCGCCACAACCUGCUCAGCAAUUACACCUCCCUCGAUCUCCUGGAUCUCCCAACCUUGCCGCCCAGGCUGGACACCGGCAGUCGGUGGACGGUGACACGUCUAUUCAGGAUAGUACCGAUGCGUCUAUCACAUUGCCCUCUGCUGCGGGCAUCGACCUUGGAAAGGAAGCCACCGAGAUGGAGGAGCAUGAGAAUGAGGAGGGCAGGUUCUCCGCCAAGCCGUUGGAGGUCCAGAACGGAGUCGCCGUCUUGGAGGAGAGCGUCGAGAUGCAUGUGCCAGACGUGGUGACACAGUCCUGA